AUGUUAAUGACAUUUUCAGGUUCGAAAGACACAGGUAAUAUUGACAUCUUGAAGCAAGCAAGGAAUUCUUUUAAUAUUUAUUCAAAUAUAAAACAAAUACAACAUUUGGGAAAUAAAUGGUUACAUAAAACAAAUGUACGGUGUCAUGGAGAAUUUGAAUGGCAAGAUCCAAAAUCUGAAGAUGAAGUCGUACGAGUCACGUAUAUUGAUAAAGAUGGUAAGCGUAUCAAAGUUAAAGGAAAAGUAGGAGAUAAUGUUCUUUACUUAGCUCACAGGCAUGGAAUCGAUAUGGAAGGAGCAUGUGAAGCCUCAUUAGCAUGUACAACGUGUCAUGUUUACGUACAUCAGAAUUAUCAGGACAAACUACCAAAUCCUGAAGAAAAAGAAGAUGAUCUUCUUGACAUGGCACCUUUACUGCGUGAAAAUUCACGUUUGGGUUGCCAAAUUACACUCAGUAAAGAGCUCGAUGGAAUAGAAUUAGAACUACCAAAAGCAACUCGAAACUUUUAUGUUGAUGGACAUAAACCGAAACCUCAUUAAUUUUAGCUUUGUAUUUUGUAAAUACAAAAGUCACUUGUAAUAUCUAUGUACAGUAAGUAAAAAAUUGUUAUAUUAAUGAUUGUAAGAUUAUAAUUGUUAACUAAUAAGAUUGAGUGAUAAUAAAUUAUA